CUGAUUCGUGUUAUCACCUUAGUUACUGCACUCCAACAAAUUGAUGUAACUUAACAAAUAGACAAUGUAUUUAAGGAGAUUUUCAUCGAUUUUUAUAUCAGUCACAGUUUGUGUUUUGUGUCUACCUGGAUACUAAAUUAUUAUCAUGAUUGCCACGAAACUCUUCGUAUUCGCUCUCCUUGCUGGAGUUUUGGCAGUAGAAGAGAAACCUGUUGCUGAAAUAAUAACAGAAAGUACAAUUGUUAAUCCCGAUGGAUACAGUUUUGACUUCAAAACCAGUGACGGUAUAUCCAGGCAUGAAGAAGCCAAUCUGAUCACAGUGGGAGACCAACAGGGUAUCUCAGUCAAAGGGUCCUACUCCUACCUGACUCCCGAAGGCGAAGAAUACCAGAUCACCUUCACCGCUGACGACAAAGGCUACAAACCCACUCUCCGAGUUGUCCCCGCUCAUCAGUAAUUUGCCAAUAUUUGUACUUUUGUAUUGUUUUUUACCCAUUUGAACUUAGAUGACAUUGUGAUUAAAAGAUUUUAAAACAAAACUUA